AAAUAUCCCCAGUCUCCAAUUGUGAUUCUUAAAACCAGAAGCACGGCCAGCUCUUCUCGUCUCUCCUUUCCCCUUUCUCUGCGCAUUUGGGUCUUUAUCUCUCACCGCGAUGUUCCAAUGUCCUCGGGGACUCGCAGUCUGUCAUGUGUUCAUCGCUUGCGGUCCAGGUUUUCUGGCCUACACGUGGCCACGAUAGGGGCUCUCCUUAGUCUGCUGUACCUUUUCUACGUCUUCGCCGUGCCACAGCUGCGAAGGCUGCAUCUCAGGACCGAUUUGAGCUGGUACGAUCUGGGGCUCUAUGGUUUUGGUCCGUCCCAGGACUAUGUCUCAUUCGACUAUGAAUCUCCAGCGCUUCAAAUCUCGGAACAAGGAUCAGGAUGCGAUUCGCGAUUCACAUUCCUGGCCCCUAGAGGGGACUCGGUUGCUCAGCCGGGCCCCAUGAUCCUCGAUUCCAGAGGGGAACUGGUUUGGAUGAAACACAACUGGGAGAUAACGCAGGACUUUCGGGUCCAGCGGUAUCAAGGCGCUGACUACCUCACAUAUUGGGAGGGCGACGAAAUUGAGGGUAGAGGCUAUGGAGCAUGGUACAUGUUGGAUUCCACAUACACUCAGCGAUACGUGAUCACCCCGGUCGGAAGUUACGGCGGUGACCUUCAUGAGUUCCACAUCACGCCUCAGGGGACUGCUCUUGUCACAAUUUAUGACCCAGUGCUUGCUGAUUUGACUUCGGUCGGAGGCCCUGAACUGGGAUGGAUACAUGACGGGGUAUUCCAGGAAAUCGAUAUCGCGACGGGCGAACUGCUCUUUGAAUGGCGUGCAUCCAAGCAUUACCCGAUCAACAGCACCUAUGAAAAAUUGGGAACAACUGGGACCGCCCGAUCAUCUGCUUUUGACUAUUACCACAUCAAUAGUGUCGAAAAGGAUGAUAAUGGAAAUUACAUCGUAUCGGCACGACACACCCACACUGUCAGCUGCAUCGAUAAAAACAGCGGCGUGGUUCUGUGGACGCUUGGGGGCAAACUGAACGAAUUCCGCGACCUAUCAAACGGGGAGGCGACCAACUUUGCCUGGCAACAUGAUGCGCGCUGGCACCUUAACAACACACUCACCCUUUUCAACAAUGCAGCACACUCGACGAAAGACCCCGACGAGGAAAGCCAUGGCAUGAUGAUACAUCUGGAUGUUGAUGCCCGCGAAGCGACCCUUCUAGCUGCGUACUAUCAUCCUCAGCAGAUGAAAGCCGUGUCGCAGGGCAAUCUGCAACUCCUGGACAACGAUGGCCGUGCCUUGGUGGGCUGGGGCCAUAAUGCCGCCUUUACCGAGUUCAGUUCCGACGGGCAAGUGCUGUGCAAUGUCCACUUCGGUGCCUCGGUGUUCUUUGGAUUCGGUCGCGCCGUAUCAUACCGGGUUUUUAAAGGCGACUGGGUUGGAAGGCCGCAAACUGCUCCGGAUGCCGAGGUGAUCGGUAAUCGGAUCUACGUCAGCUGGAACGGAGCGACAGAGGUUGCCGCAUGGCAACUAGAGACCUGGCUCUCAGGCGAGCUUGAAGAUGCCGCUUUCAAGGUGAUGGCACAAUAUGAGAAAACUGGGUUCGAAACCGAAAUCGACAUUCCGGAGAACUUGGAUAGUCCCCUGUUUCGCUUGGCAGCCCUUAACGCCAACGGCAAUGUCUUGGACGUCACGGAGCUAUUGCAGAGGGAGCGGGGCAGUGCCAUGGAACGGCUGCUCAACAUGCAUUAUUGGAUCUUAGGCGUCGCGUUCGUCAUGAGCGGGGUUGGCCUGUUCCUUGGGUUCUGCAGGUGCUGCGGCCUGGAUCCCAGGCUCCGUCGCUGGCGCUAUCGGUCUUCCGAGUACCAGAUGGUGGCUUUCAGCGAUACUGACACGGAUCGGCAAUCAUUCUGAGGGGUCGAUCAGUUCGAUCGAUGUCGGCGAGCAACAGUCAUGGGCGCCAUGGCUAUUGAAAGGUAUU